UACAGAGUGAAGUCGUGGAUUGAUUCAUUUAAAGCGUUGGUAGAUAUUUGCUGUUCGGACUGUUAAUAAAAAUCGUUACCAUGACGAAUAAUUUAACAAACGGAACAGACGACGGUGAAGGCGGUGGAGGCUAUAGCCUCACCGGGUACAUCAUCGUCGGUAUCAUCCUCUAUAUCAUUGUCGUACUCGCAAUCGGUGGAAAUGCGCUGGUUAUCGCAUCCGUCCUCGUCUUCCGAAAACUCCGCACGGUGACCAACUACUUCAUCGUCUCCCUCGCGAUCUCGGAUCUACUACUCGCGCUGUUCGUCAUGGACUUCAACGCCUGUUUCAUCGUCCUUGGCGACUACUGGCCGUUCGGGCAGGUGUUCUGUCGAUUUUAUAUCUCGAUUGAUAUUAUGCUCAGUACGGCAUCCAUUUUAAACUUAUGCUUAAUCUCUCUGGACCGGUACUGGGCCAUUACAUCACCUUUCAGCUAUUAUCAGCGAGUGAACGCCACGAACGCUAUUAUUUUAAUCGUCGUCGUGUGGGUUACGUCUUUCCUUAUAAGUGUGCUCCCAGUUAUGUUGGGACUCCACGUAGAUUAUACUUUAGACGAUGAGGAGUUCGACUUUUUCUACAAAGAACCUACAUUUUGCGUAUUGAUUAUUAACCAGUGGUACGCGUUAGGAUCAUCGGUCAUUUCUUUCUUCAUCCCCAUAUUUAUCAUGGGUUAUACAUAUGCACGUAUAUUUAUUGUUGCGAGGAGACAAGCGCGACAAAUCGCCGCCUACAACAACACGGGACAGCGCAUACAGGGCACGGACAAGAAGGCCCAGGGUUCGAUGCGUCGAGAGCGUAAAGCAACCAAAACUCUCGCCAUCAUUGUCGGUGUCUUCAUCGGCUGUUGGUUACCAUUUUUCAUUUUGAACGUGGUGGAUCCCUUCUGCGGACGUUGCGUGCCUCCGACGCUCUUUAGCUUUACCGUAUGGCUCGGGUAUGUGAACAGUGCUCUGAAUCCGAUCAUCUACGCACAGAAUAGAAGCUUCCGAAAUGCCUUCAAGACCAUUCUCUUCUGUUACAAGUGCCGAGGGUUGUCCAUGCGGCAGGCGGACAGUAGCGACGACCAUACUGCCAUGAGCAACACGAGCCGACAGGAGCGGCUUAGAGGACGUUUGGGCAAUGGUUAUAACACCACACCACGUCCUUCGCAUUCAGAUCACCGAAGUAGCGUCGAGAAUUCAGCCGAGCAGAAUCAUAAGAUGGUCAAAGACACCUCUUUGGUCAUAGCUAAUAAGAACGCAAAUGCGAAUGUACAGGACUCAAAGAAAGAUAGCUCGUCACCUGUAGCUGUCGCUACCAUCACCCAUUCAGAUGCUAAUGGAAACGCAAUCGAUGUCCCACUUUAAAACAAUGUGUAUAUCAGUUUGAUCAAUCGUGUUUUGUUUUGGUUAAAAUGCGCUUUCUUUUCAUACUUCUGUCCUAAACUAUACCCCUCUAAGGGUUUUCCUGAUACUUACAUUAUUACUUAAUUUGUUGGUAACAUUUCCAAUUCUCACAAAUCAUUAGCCGUUGACAUCUAAUAUAACAUAUUAUCAUUAAUUCACCGUAUUCUUGAUGAUAGGCUGCAUGGUAAAAUACUGUUUAAGAUAUGCAUCUGGUUAUAUUUUAUCCUUUAGAAAAUAUAUUUCAACAAACCGAUAAAGUAUUGAAUAAAUAUUUGAUAAAUCAGUAUAUUAAUAGAUUAAUAAAUACAGAAGGAAAAUGUUGAACCUUGAAUGUUGAAUCUUCAGUAUGUUUUCGUCACAUCUACUCUCAAAGCAAAAUACUAAACGCAAUGAUCUUUCAAUGAAGAACAUUUAGGUUUCAAUAAAACAUCAGAUGAAUUGAUAAGUAAAUCAAAAAUGAAUUGGUAAAUGAAUAAAUUAGGAUAACUUUGAAUUUGAAACCAUGUUCUUUAAAUCUACGCUCCAAAAAAUAAAUCAAUACGCAAACCAUGGCAACGAAGAAAAGAGGCUAUUCGUGUUGAGUGUCAAUAAUUCUUGUUGUGUUAAAAAUUGACGUAUUGGGUGUUAUUUUGAACCCAAUGAACAAAUGUAUGUCAAAUACAAAAUGAGUUUGAUAUGUACAAAAAUCAAGCGAAGUCUUUCUGCAAUAGAAUACGUAGUUUAUUCGCCCUAAGCAUCUUCUUUGUCGUUUGUAUUCAUGAAAUGUCAAGAAUAUAAAGUGAUGAUAAUCGAUGCGAAGAUAUGUAGAUGAUUUAUUUUUCUCUCUGUAAGUGCUUUUUUUCAUGAAAAUCUAUUUGCGUUUGAUGGUAAAAUUUAUCCACGCACAAACAUGCAAAAGUACUAGUUUGAACGAGAUCAAAAGUGAUGUUUGCAUUAUAUGCAUGACGAUUAAAAGCACUUAAAUUUUACUAUUUUGCUGAUUAUUUGCCAACCCUGAAUGCUUUCCUUUUUCGUACAUGAUCAGUUGCAUAGCUUAAAGGGUAACAAAUUACAUGUAUACCUACAUGAAGUGUCAAUUGACUGUGCUAAUCCUAGCACAGUAAAAUGAGUGUAAUUACGUUUUUAUUGGUAAAAAAGCCAUGGGACUGAUGUUAUUUUUGAGGUGUUCACAAUUAAUUCAUUAAUAAACAUGGCAACAGUGUCCGUCCUAAACGAUCUUGUAGAGGAUAGUUCUCAGAAUGACACUGAAACGCUUUCAUUUUAUUUGCAACUCGUUGCCACCUCGGGCAAUAAGACCAUAUCUGUUAUACCCGCUAUCAUUAUCAUUUACAAUUUUAUACAUGUAUAAUGUCUAAUUAUAGUCCAUUUGCCUUGUCCACAAUUAACAAGAGCGGAUACCUUGUCGAGGAGAAAUCUAUAAACACGGAAUACACCCUUUUUUUUACCUUCGCGAAACCACGCAGUAUGCCUGUUUGCCUAUUUAAUCGUGAUGCGUCAUUUCCUUGACGUAAGGUUCCGUCAUUGAUAGCGCAGACUUAAAAACGCCAAGUAUAAGUGAUAUCAUACACCAGUUAAAUGCAAAAUGAACGGGGCACACAUUGCUUGGAAUUGCUAGAAGUAGGCCUAAUUGUCUUCACAGGCUACAUUAGCGCAUCCGAAAUGACGCUUUAUGUGCAACAGGCAUUAUUUCAUGCCGCCCAAUCAAGUCCGGAACGCAUUGCCUUUUAAGCUCAUUACCGGUAGCAGAACUGGGAAGAUAUAGGAUUCACCAGAAGUAAAUUGAUGCACGGUGAAAAGGGGUGGAUUAAAAUAUUGAGAUUAAUAGAAAAGAUAAGGCAUCGACUGUCAUAGUUCUUUGGGGGUUACUUUAAUAUACGUAUCCACGCAUGGAAUGUCUUUAGGCAGAUGAGGGUCCCGUACUUCGAUUGCAAGUGAAUCGCAGCUAAUUUAGAAUUGAUAAAUGCGUCACGAAAAAAAUACACUCUCAAAAUGAUAAAGAGCAGUUAAAAUGUCAAAAAAAUGUUGACAUGUACAGCCCCCACCAGGUGUUUUUUUAAGACGCACAAAUUACAUCAAAAUUGACUAUUGAUUGACCAAGUUUACAGACGACAUGCGUGAGAUUUUGAGAAAAGUUAUUGACUCAACAAAUUGACAUCGACUAUGAAUUCCUUUUUGUAUCAAUACCCUAUAGCCACACCGACGAGACCGAAACCAGACCGACACCAGAUCGACGCCAGACCGACCAGAACAACUUACACAGUCACACGGGCAAACCGGAAUCCAGACUCCAAACUCCAAACUCCAAAUCGACCGAUUUUUGGCCAUUCGGGGAUAACGAGAUGUUUUGUUCAAUCUGUUGUCGGUCUGUUGUUGGUCUCUAAGGUGUUACUGGGUAUCAAGCCAGACCGAUUUAAUCCAAACUGACUGAUUAAUUGGCCAUCCAGGGUAACGUAAUGUUAUAUUCAGUCUUAUAUGUCGGUCUCCUAUAUGACCCGGGUAUAUAAUUUGUAUUAUACCUCCAGACCCUAGUCCAAACCGACCGAUUCUGCGCCAUUCCGGGUAAUAUGUUUCGGUUUGGUCUGAUUUCGGUCUCCUUGGUUAAAAUCGGGUAUAACCUGAAUCCCAAUCAAUGACCAUAAUAUUUCUCGGUUAUCACAGCCAUGCUUUGGAGCCGGCUUUAAGACCGGGAACAGACCAAACUAAAGGGUUAGUUACAUGACACCAAUAGCCCUAAAUCGGUCGAUUUGGAGUCGUGACUGAGGUAUUGACGUAAUAAUAAAACGGAUAACACUUUACCCUGACAGAUUUACAUUAGAAUCAAGCACGGACAGCAUGGGUAACCACCCUUUAAAUCGAACGAACUAUCAUGUGUUCUGCAUUUUCACUACUUUUGACUUGGAAUUCUUGACGUGGAAUCAAUCGUUCUAGAUAUCCCAAUUUGGGAUUCAGAUCAUUCCGUCUUAAAUGACAUUUUGGCGCCUGUAUACACCCCCAAGACGUGGCUAACACGUCUUAAAUCAUCACGGACUCGACCGGUUCACGAAACAUUAGGAACCUCAAUCAUAAGGGGGGAAAAUUCCAAGAAGAAAAAUCAAUAGACAGUAUUGGAAAAAAAUACUCUCCUAGAAUGAGUUAUGUAUUUUAAACCUUAGCCAUGUUUCCAACGCUAGACUCUGCUUCUUCGGACGUAGCCCCAUUAUCAUCUCUUUCAUUUUCUUUCCCAGCAUUUCCCCCUUUCCUUUACUUCUUCGUUAUUGCCUCUAUAUAGACUCCCGUAUGCGGUUCCUUUUGAUGGAAACCUUCAAAGAAAAUGCUGCCCAAUAUAAUUGAUAAUUAAAGGGAGUAAAUAUAUUCACGUUCACAUCAAAUGUUUUUUUGGCUUGAUAUAUUCGUUACUUCUUUGCUGGAAAAAGAAGGGUGAUGCAAUCGAAAUUUCAUAAGACGAGUCUUUAAAUAAUUGUAAUGAGAAUUUGUGUCAAAAUGUUGAAAAGGUGGAUACCAUUCAUAUGUCUUCCAUUAUGAUGUUUUCCAUUUAUUAAGUUACGAAAUUGUUUGCCAAGUUAGAAUGUUUGGAGUCGAAAUCACUCUCUAACUAUUUUCUUGAAACGAUGUUGUGGUUUUUUAAAGGUGGACUCGGACUUGUGGGUUUUCUUUCUGUUUGCAGAUACCAGGCAAAGUGUGUACCCCAUAACUUUGACCAUAGCAACGUAAAUCCAUUCUUGGAAAGAGAUAUACUGUACAUGGACAAAAACUUGAAAAGGUACUUUGUUGACAGACGGUAAUUCAGGUAUCUUGUGACCGACUUAGACAUGUAAUCAAUUCUGUAAUAGUUUCUUUUUGUUCAAAAGUGUAGUUAGUUUCGUGACGUUGACGAAACUGUGAAAUGGCAUUUUUGGACAGUGCGGGAUAAGAUGCCUGUCAAAGCUUUUAAAUGGACUGGUUAUUAUUAUAGGAAUUGAUCCCCAACUUCUCUUCAAUAAUACUAAUUAGAUAGCCCAAAUCGAUCUUGCACUAAGUUCCAAAUUAGACCAACAGUUUAACAGUGUCUCAAUCAAUUUAGCGAUGUCAAAUUGAACGGUGUUCCUCAAAUCGAUUUCUCGUUGCAAUUAUGGUAGCUACAGCUCUUUUUACGGUGCUGCGCAGUAUUAGGGUAAUAGGCGAGUAGCUUUCAUGUCUUUGUUCGGCCAUGUAGUUUUAAAAGGUCCUAUUCUUCGGUUUGGCCCUUUCCCAAGCUCACGUUGUAAGUUCCAGGAGCUCUGACGGUCCGUCUCUUGUUCCUAUUGUUUGCAGUCUGGUCAAUAUUUAAACUUUCCCUUGGCCCUUUUCUUAAACGAGACCAUGACAAGUUUUUGCGGUGACGACACAAACAAAAAUCUUGGUAACGCAAAGAAAUGCCUGCUACCAAAUAGUUAUUGUUAUCAUAGGGUUGAGAAAUUGCACGUGUGCGGCAACAUGUAGGCUUUUACUGUACAUUUCCGUAUAGCAAAUCAUAUCGUCUAUGUUCCCAUUUAUCUAUAUAUUGUUGGGUUAGGUAAGAUAUUUCCUGUUAAAUUAUACUUUAAAAAUACACCUUAUUGCACAUAAGGCGCAAACUUCGAAUGAUUAUUUAUAGAUUUACUCAGAGUUUUGAACAUAGUUUGUGUUAAAAUUCCCAAAAACGUUUUCAGCUGAUAAAAUUCAUUAAAAGGUUCUUAAUUGUGAGACUGGUGGUGAUAUUUGUUGAACUGGAAAAGAACAUGCUUUUGGUAUAUUCCACUUUUAAAGAUAAAAACAUAUGUGUGCCGUUUUUUACCAUUUCGAAUGUCCAAAAGGGUGAGUAACGAUGGUUUAAAUAAGGAACUCCAGUAGGGGUUAUAGGGGUUACGGGGCUUGGCGGCUUCAGCCCCCUCCCAAGUAUCUUGAUAAUAAAUCAAUUGAAUGAGGUAAUGUGGUAUG